AUGGCCGUCGCCGCGCAGCUGCGCUCGGAAGAGCAGCGGCGUGCAGAGGUGAUGCGGCGCUCCUUCGAGGGCCUGGACCGAUGGUGGGCUGAACAUCACACGCUCUAUCCGGGGAGGCAUAUCCGACUUUUUGCGCAGACGGAGAAUUGCCUCUUCCUGCCGGUGGCAAACUUCGUGGCACCGCUACAUGCUGGGCGCACUUUGGACGGCCCCCACCACGCCCUACGUUUCGUAUCGCUGCUGCCCCUCGAGCCCGUCGGUGCCAAGGAGGCAGCAUCUGCCGAGCCACGCUGGACGAGCUUUCCGGCCCUCUGGGCGAAAGGCCGGGCGACCUUCGAAGAGCGAGCACUUCUUCUGUGCUCACUGCUGCUAGGUUACUCCUUGGAUGCCUGGGUCUGCCUGGGCACGGACGACAAGGGGCUCGCCCAUGCCUGGGUCUUGGUCCGCGAUCGCGCAGACGCAUCCACACCUGCCCAGGUCACCCUGUGGGAUCCACGGAAUGCGCAGCGCAUCAAAGCAGACGAUCCCCGAUACCUGAGGUCCUUCUCCUCAGUCGACACGGUGUUCAAUCACCAACGUAUCCUCGUUUGCCACGAGGAGGAGUUGCAACACGUCUGCUACGACUUCAGCGAUCCCCGAUCCUGGCUGGCCGCCCCAGUGGACCAAGAGAUCUUGGAUGUCCUGCGCCUGUACCCGAGCACUUUCUGCCCAGGAAUUGCAGACCUCGCGCUCAAGACGUGGCCUCCGUCCAUGGACAGCGAGCCUCUGGAGGAGGCCAUCGAGAGCAAGCUGGGCGCCGCAAUCCGCAGCCACCGCGAGGCUGCGGUCUUGCCCACGCGGUUGGACUCCCAUCUCGCCCAACUGCUGCACGUGGCCCUGGUGAAUUGCGAGUGCGAAAGACGCGGCCUGCCAUCGCAGGCAGCGGUUUUCGAGGGCCUGGCGAGCCGAGUCUGUGCCCCCGGCGAAGUGCUGCGUGCCACGCCCGUGCAGUUCAACCACCUGCGCGUCUCCCUCUUCUGGUCCGCGCUGAGCGACAGGUCUUCCAUUCGCGAGGUCCUGGCUUCGCCUGCCACCACGGCUUUCGCUGUCCGCGCGAGAGUGGUCCAACAGCCGGAGGAUGCUGUGGCGGUGUGGGUGCUCAUUGCCGCCAAGGGAAAGAUGUGA